CUCUCUUUCUGGCUCCGGCCAAAGUUCACAUCUCAAUCUGCCAGCUAUCGCCGUCUCGGCUUCCAAUAUCCAACAGACAUCAUCACUCCCUUCCCUCGACAAAUCUCAGUCAUCGGCCGUCCACAACACGGACACACAUCACCCCUCUAGACCUCGUCACAUCACAAGACGGUCUUUCAACAUGUCUCAAGGGAGAAACAACAACUGGCGCCACAGCCCCCGAGGCGAGCACGCCGGCCGGUUUGACCAACGGCGACCUGACAACUGGAAGGAAGGCGAUGUCGCCUUCCUUCUGCCCGCCUCCUCAUUUUCGGCAGAGGACCACAACAACCUCAUCGCAGGGGGCUACAUGGCCGAGAAAGCAACCGGUCACCCCGUCAUCAUCCUGAAGAGGAUAUCCGGCCAGUCGACGCACAUCCUGGUCACCCCCGUGUCGGCCUACAGCUCCGGCGACUUCAACAAUUUUCUUCCACCCUGGAGGCAAAUCUGUCACUCCAGAAAAAAACCCCGCGACUUCCGGUCCUUUGACGGCUGCGAAAGAUCCAACAGUGACUACCCUCCGCUGUUUCUCGAGGGAGGGAUGUCCAUGCCCAAGCCCCAGGCGUCUUGGGUCAACAUCCAAAGCGUCUGGUCCGUCCCCCUCACCGUCAUCGGCCGCUUCCACAAGUCCCGGGACCACCUUCGAGUGCGUCAUGCAAGCCUCGACAGCCUGCGGGCACACAUGGCCCGGAGGUGCGCCUUGUGGUGCGAGUCCAACAGGAGACUCGUCGCCGCCGAGCCUCGACCCGCCCACCCCUUCUCGCCUUCGCCAACCUCAACGACAACGGCAACAACACCAGCAACUAGAGCAGCACCAGCAACGCCAGCAACUCCAGCAGCGCCAGCAGUGCCACCACAUUCGCCGGUGAGGUCAUGGGCUUCCAUUGCUUGCGAUCCAACCUCACAUGCUGCCUCAACCACCCGCCGCUGGUAUAUUUCCAAUCCGGCAGCCUCGUGUGCGUGAUGUGACACGAGCCAGACACUCUAGAUCUGGG